AUGCACAAUGUGGGGCUGAAAAACUGACUUGGAAUGGUGUUUCCUUCCUUUAUGUAGGGUCAUCAGGUGCAGAUGCCCCGUAUGCCAAGAGAUCAGAAUCAGGGGGAUGCCUAUCUCCAGGAGUUUCCUGGCAACUUCCAAGCAGGGAGGUUCCCUUAUGAGCGUCUUGAGGCAGAUAUAGUGGCAGAGAUUGGCCUAGAAGAGCUCAAUUGGCUGGAGAUGGAAGUCAUGAGAAGGCAGAUGCAAGUGAUCUCUGGGCGGCUGAGUGACCUUGAGGAAAAGGAUUCCACCUGGCGCCAUAAGGAGACUGUGCUGUUCAGCUUGCUGGUCUCAGUCUGCAUAGCCAAUGUGUGGCUUUGGAUGCGCCAGUGAAGUUUCACAGACACCACAACCCCGUUAGAGCCAUCCCUCCCUCUCCUGUUCCCUUUGCUUUCAGGGAUGCCCUUGCCCACCCCAUUCUAUCUCCCAGUAGCCCCCCCACCCCCCUGGUAGUAGUUGAGUCAUUUUACUCCUCUGCUCAGACCUCCUGCCUGGAGAUGAGCUCACUCUAUUGUGAGAUUCUAGCAGCUAUGAGGCUAGGGAACCACAGGUGUGCCUGGGUUGAGACAUCUUUCCUCUAGAGGGAUUAAAGAAUGGCGAAAGCCCUGAAAGAAACACUGGUAUAAAUACCUAAGCAUCCUGCCCAUGGAGCAGGGCUCUGUGGCCUGUCCUCUGUAACCCAGCAUUGCUUCUCCUCCAUCCUCUGUGGGCAGGGUUUGGUUUUGGACUACUCCCUUGUUUGCUUCCACACCACUCAAGCCUUUUCUUAAAGAAUAUGCUCAAUAAAUGCUUCAUGA